AUGUCAUAUGUUUUAGAUACGAUUUCAACUUGGUUAAUAGUAGUAAUCGUGGUUUUAUUAUCGUCAUUACUAUUAUUGGGAUGGAAAUUAGUUGAUUGGAUUUGGUUUAGGCCGAAGAAAUUGGAGAAGCUUUUAAGACAACAAGGAUUCACCGGAAAUUCUUACCGGAUUCUUUACGGCGACUUGAAGGAGAGAGCUGCCAUGAGAGAUCAAGCAAUCUCCAAGCCUAUGAACUUCUCCAAUCACAUUGCUCCACGUGUCAUUCCCUCUGUUCAUCACACCAUCCAACAUUAUGGGAAGAAUUCAUUCAUGUGGAUUGGCCCCAUCCCAAGAGUACACAUCAUGGACCCUGAACAACUUAAAACUGUGUUCUCAUUGAUCAAUGAUUACCAAAAGCCAACUGCUAGUUUGAAUCCCCUUGCCAAGUUGCUUGCUGAUGGACUUUUAAAUCAUGAAGGACACAAAUGGGUCAAACACAGAAAGAUAAUUAAUCCUGCUUUUCAUUUAGAAAAGCUUAAGGAUAUGGUACCGGCAUUCUAUCACAGCUGUGACGAGAUGAUUAGCAAAUGGGAAAGUAUGGUCUCCGUACAGGGAUCUUGUGAGUUAGAUGUAAUGCCUUACCUACAAAAUAUGACUGCUGAUGUGAUUUCUCGAACUGCAUUUGGGAGUAGCUACGAGAAAGGAAAAAAGAUCUUUAAGCUUCAAACUGAACUAGCAGAGAUGGUGAUUCGAUCUACCUUAGGGAUUUAUAUUCCAGGAUGGAGAUUUCUACCCACAAAGUCAAAUAAUAAAAUGAAUGUGAUAAGUAAAGAGAUAUCAACUUUGAUCAUGGGUAUUAUCAAUGAAAGGGAAACGUCUAUGAAGGCAGGUGAAGCUACACAAACUGACCUACUAAGCAUUCUCAUGGAAUCCAAUUUGAACGAAAUUAAACAACAUGGAAACAAUAAAGACAUUGGAAUGAGCAUAGAAGAUGUUAUUGAUGAAUGCAAACUAUUCUAUAUUGCUGGCCAAGAAACUACAGCUACAUUACUAACUUGGACGAUGGUAUUGUUGAGUUCAUACUCAGAAUGGCAAGAACGAGCAAGAGCAGAGGUCUUUGAGAUCUUUGGCAACAAAAAACCAGAUUAUGAUGGUUUAAGUCGACUAAAAGUUGUAACUAUGAUAUUGAACGAGGUUCUUAGGUUAUAUCCUCCGGUAAGUAUGUUUGGUCGUUUCAUUAAAAAAGAAACAAAACUUGGAAAAUUGACUUUACCAGCAGGAGUUAUGUUGGGCUUACCGACUGUUCUUAUCCAAUGUGAUCCUGAGUUAUGGGGAGAAGAUGCACAUGAAUUUAAGCCAGAAAGAUUUUCCGAGGGAGUUUCUAAAGCAACAAAAAAUCCAGGUGCUUUUGUACCCUUUGGUUGGGGUCCUCGAAUAUGCAUAGGACUAAACUUCGCCAUGAUUGAAGCAAAAAUGACAUUGUCAAUGAUUCUACAACGCUUCUCGCUCGAGCUUUCGUCAUCGUAUACACAUGCUCCCAUUGUUGCCAUAACAACACAACCUCAACAUGGAGCUCAUAUCAUACUACACAAACUGGAAUUAGUUACUUAAACUAAGUAUUAGCUUGCACAUUAUCAAAAGGCUGAGGAAGUUCUGUGCUUUGACUAUGUAUAAUUUCAAAUCCUUUGAGAAAAAUGUACCCACGUACGCAUGCUCUCAACUAAAUACCCUUUUCAUUGCUCAGCAGCUCCUAAAUAAACAGUUUUAAGGGUAAUGACAGCCACUCCAUUUUCUUCUCGA